AGUCACUGAAAGGGCCCCAGGGUGGGAUGGUGGGGGAUAAGAACCAUGAGAGGAGCUGGUACAAGGGAGUUAUGGGACCAAGGCGAGAGAGGCAGAACAGAAAAUGCUGCCAGCUGAUGGGGAGGAAAGGAAGUCAGAGGCUUGGACACUGAGGGGACAACAUCUCCGUGUGCCUCCAUGAAAGAUCCAGAGAGCGCACACCAACUACAAAGAGCCCUGGACUCGAGCUCCAUCACAACCAGUGAACUGAAUAACACAAUCGACGUAUUGCCCUCGAGCCACUGUGAAGCAGUCCUUGAGCAGCAGUUACAGCAGUUUCUGCAGGAGCGGGAACUGCUGAAAGCACAGGUGGCAGAGGUGACAGAGUGUCUUAAGAAAGCUCAGCUAGAAAGAGACACAUACGCUCAACAACUCAAAACAGAGAGGGCACGGUGGCAGCAGCAAUUGCUGAAAAUGGCAGGAGAAAUUGAAAUAUUCGAAAUGGAGAAAAGGCAGGAUGCAAUUAAAAUUGAGGAGCUGAAGGGGAGCCUUGCCCACUUACAAAACCAUCUGGCUGAACCCCCAAUCCUGAAGCACCCAGCAGGGCGCUCUGACUUGAAGAAAAAACUAAAAACUGAAAUCAAGUACCUGAGAGAUGAGCUGCAGGAACAGGAGAGACUGCAGGAGGUGAAAAUGAGGCUCCGGGAGCAGGAGGUGCCAUUUCUGAACGCUCCUGGAGCCGGUACCCAGGAGGAGCAGGCACAGCUCUGUGAGCAACUCCAGCAACAACAGGUGUGCUGCCAGCAGCAGGCUCACCCGGUGGCCUCGGCCCUGAGGGAGCCAGAGGCAGCAGCCGGGGCCACAGGGACUAGGAGCGAACAUGGGCAUGGGGAGACCCAGCGGGCCCUGCAGGAAGCCAUCCACAAGCUGCAGAGAGACUUCAUUGACAUUGUGAAGGAGAAUGCGGACCUCAAGGAGCGGGUGGAAAAACUAGAACUCGGACUGAUCCAGCUCUCUGGAGAAAGAGACAUGAUAAGAAAGUCCGUCAAACCAAAUGACCGUGAGAGGGCAGUGGCCAAGACCCAGCACCAGAAGAAGAACGAUGUUAGCAUGCUGUCCCAGGCCGAGGAGGGGAUGAAGGUGAAGCGACAGGAGCUGCAGGGGCCAGUGAUGCAGCUUAUGAUCAACCACGAGGUCCAGCACCCUGCUCAUGAUUCCACUCCAGGGGCCCCAGCCCCCCAGGAGCUUGGUGAUACUGACGAGGAUGAAUUUUAUGAGGUGAGCCUGGACGAUGACAGCGACAGCCUGGAGCCUGCAGGAGGGAGGGUACACCACACCCCACUGCACAGCAGAUGGCACAUGGCUUUGUGAGCUGCGGGACGGCCAGCAACACCGGCCCUUGGGCAGCAGUCCCUCUAUGCCAUCCUUUUACCCCGCUGCUGCGAAGGAAGAAGUAAACAUCACCAUCAACUAAGAGCUGGCCAAGAAAUUUACAAAGGAACAAAGUUAUAGGAUUAGUCUUCUACAUGUUACUUUAUUUAGAUGUUAGAGCCACUCAUGAUGAUUUGUGUUUUUAAUUUAUAGUUUAUUUGUAAAAAGUUAAAGGAGAGUGGGUCUUCGUGUGGCUUUCACUGAUGUUCACUCUGGCAUCCUUCAGCAUUUUUAAUUUGAUAAUCAUAG